CUAAUACUCGCAACAAGGCCAAGAAGAGGGCGGAACUGCAUGCUUGGAUACAGGAGCGAGUGUUGAACCUCAGCAUGGGGCUUUUUAAUUCGAUACGAUGGCAACGACUUACCUGGUAUCCGAACACCCGCCUCUAUCCAACGGUCCCGUUCGACAAGGCAACAGACAAACCAACACGCCAUCCAACCCCAGCUGAAGUUCAAAAGGCUUGUAAAUUUGCCGAUAGAAAUUUCUACCUCAUGAAUGCUGGCCGCCCGGUUCUUUUGGAUCCUCGAAAUCCAGAAUCCGUCAUUGCGAUUAUGGAUUUCACCCCGUGGAAUCGCUUAACUGAAACCGAUAAGGCGAAUCUGGAAUUUGUUUCGACCUUUCUCCACCAAACAAAGGAGUUUGUCAAUCCUGUUUCAUCUUCAACCCGCUCAUGGGGUGCCUAG